AUGCCUGUCGUCAAGGGAGGCGUUUGGACUAACAUCGAGGAUGAGAUCGUCAAAGUCGCGGUCUCCAAGUAUGGAUUGAACCAGUGGGCUCGAGUAUCAUCACUUCUUGCGCGCAAGACGCCGAAGCAGUGCAAAGCCCGUUGGUCGGAAUGGCUGGACCCCGCUAUUCGCAAAGUCGAGUGGUCGAAGGAGGAAGAUGAGAAAUUACUUCAUCUGGCAAAAUUGAUGCCCACCCAAUGGAGAACGAUAGCGCCCAUUGUCGGAAGAACUGCUACGCAAUGUCUGGAGAGAUAUCAGAAACUCUUGGACGAAGCGGAGGCUAGAGAAUCUGAUGAGCUAGGUUUGGGUGGCCCUGCUGGCGGCGAAACUGCAGCUCCCAGCGCCGACGAUGUUAGAAGACUACGACCAGGAGAACUAGAUCCUGAUCCGGAAUCCAAGCCGGCUCGACCCGACACCAUCGACCUUGAUGAAGAUGAAAAGGAAAUGCUUAGCGAGGCUCGUGCCCGCCUUGCCAACACUCAAGGCAAGAAAGCGAAACGCAAAGCUAGAGAGCGACAGUUGGAAGAAUCACGACGUUUGGCCGUUCUACAGAAGCGACGAGAACUUAAAAAUGCCGGAAUCAAUAUCAAGGUUGUUACGACGAAAAAGGGGCAGAUGGAUUAUAACGCAGACAUUCCGUUCGAGAAAAAGCCCGCACCUGGUUUUUACAAUACCACCGAGGAGCAGGCACGAAAUGAACGACAAAGGGAGAUGUUCGACCCAAGAAAACAGCAGCUAGCGAAUAAGAGAAAAGGAGACCAAGACGAAGAACAAGACAAAAAACGGCAGAAGAACGACAAAACUGGAUCGUCUGCUGCUUUUGCAGCGGCUGCAAAAGCCGGUCAGAUGCAGCGUAUCCGGGAAGCAGAACAAAGCAGCAAGCGCCGGGCGCUAGUCCUCCCUUCACCUCAGGUUAGCGAGGGCGAGCUAGAGGAGAUUGUGAAAAUGGGUAUGGCCGGGGAGAGGGCCAGUCGAAUGGCCGGAGAUGAUGAUAAUGAAGGGACACGAGGUCUUAUCGCCAAUUAUUCGAGUAUUAUUGGUGGUACCCCGAUUCGAACACCAAGGGCUCCUCCCGAGGAAGAUCGAAUAGCAAAUGAGAUCCGAAACAUUAAGGCUCUGACUGAGACACAGUCAUCUCUCCUCGGUGGAGAGAACGCACCUCUUCUUGAAGGCGGCGGUUCCACUGGAUUUGAAGGCAUUGCACCACGAAAGCACCAGAUGGUCACGCCAAAUCCCAUGGCAACUCCUUUCCGUCAGGGUGGCGCUGGUACUAUCGGAGGUACUCCUCUGCAGGCACGUCCGGGGGCAACUCCCUUACGCACGCCCCGGGAUAAUUUCAUGAUUAAUAAAGACACUGGUCUCCCUGUGGCGAGUACUCCAAAAGAGAUGAAGAUCCAGGAAAACUUUAUACGGAGGCAACUCCGCCAGCAACUUGGUUCACUUCCUAAACCGAAGGAGACGGAAUGGGAACUUGAAGAAUUGCCGUCAGAGCAACCAGAACCGAUCAUGACGGAUACUCUUACUGAAGAGGAUGCCGCCGAGCGGGACAAGAGGAAUAAAGCCGCCGCUGAAGAAGCGGCGAAGGAGAAAUUCAAGCGCCAGACUCAAGUUUAUCAACGUGGCCUUCCUCGACCACGGACACUAGACAUCGCAGCCUUGAUGAAACAAGUUGAAGAAGUUGAAGAUCCAGUAAAGCAAAUGGUUGCACGGGAGAUGGCGAUCAUUAUUGCGCACGAUGCACACAAGUUCCCAUUGCAGGGUAUGCAUAUUGAGGGCAAAGCACCUAAGCGUCAGCUCUUUAGUAACGACCUUUUGGCCAAAGCCAGAGAGGAUAUUGCUGCCGAGGUAUCAUCGGAAGUGUUGCAGCAGUGGCAGAAUAACUUUGACAGUUCGUGGGCGUCUCUACACGAGUGCCCAUCCGCGCUUCCGGGACUUUCAAUCUACACGGAUGAGGACGACUUUGCGAAACAGGAAAAGGAUAUGACUGCGGCAUUUGACAGGGUGCAGAAUGCCUUGAUAGAAACUGCUGAACAGGGUAAUAAAUUAGAGAAAAAAGUUGCGCUGCACUACGGUGGAUAUCAGGCUAGGGCAAAGACAUUGAGAAAUAAGAUCUUGGAAGCAAAUGAGGCGCUGCAGAAGGCUAAGUUUGAUCUAGAUUCAUUCAGGACGCUGCAGAUUGCAGAGGAGUCCGCUGUUCGGGGGCGGGUGGAGAGCCUUCGUGAGGAAGUCACUUUUGUUUCCAGACGGGAGCGCGAAGCUCAAGAGGUAUACAGGCAGCGCAAGGAGGAGUUGGAUUCUCUUGAAGCUGGCAGUAUUAAUGGGUGGCAUUAACUAUAGGCGUGUAUAACAACAGAGUAUUCGGGAUGCAACCAUGAUUAUACAUAUGCAAUUGGGCGUGCUUACUCUCAGCAGGUAGC